AAGCUUCGGGACAAGUGCUUCAGCUUCAUAGAAGGAGGAGCUUUCGAGGGAGCUGGAUAGGAGGAGCUUUCGAGGGAGCUGGAUAGAAGGAGGAGCUUUCUCGGGAGCGGAGAUGGAAACUCUUCCUUUGAAGAAUCCGAGGAAGCCUUUUGUCAUUCGAAUCAGGAUGGCUAAAGGUGAUCCCAAGAAACCAAAGGGCAAGAUGUCUGCUUAUGCCUUCUUUGUGCAGACGUGCAGAGAGGAACAUAAGAAGAAAAACCCGGAGGUUCCUGUCAAUUUUGCUGAGUUUUCCAAGAAGUGCUCUGAGAGGUGGAAGACAAUGUCUGGAAAAGAGAAGUCGAAAUUUGAUGAAAUGGCCAAGGCAGAUAAAGUGCGCUAUGAUCGGGAAAUGAAGGAUUAUGGACCCGCUAAGGGAGGCAAGAAGAAGAAGGACCCUAAUGCCCCCAAAAGACCACCGUCUGGAUUUUUCCUGUUCUGCUCGGAAUUCCGCCCCAAGAUCAAAUCGACAAACCCUGGAAUCUCCAUUGGAGAUGUGGCGAAGAAGCUCGGUGAGAUGUGGAAUAACUUAAGUGACAGCGAGAAGCAGCCUUACAACAACAAGGCAGCCAAGCUGAAGGAGAAGUAUGAGAAGGAUGUCGCUGACUAUAAGUCUAAAGGGAAGUUUGAUGGCGCAAAGGGUCCCGCUAAAGUUGCCCGGAAAAAGGUGGAAGAAGAAGAUGAAGAAGACGAAGAGGAAGAAGAGGAGGAGGAGGAGGAGGAGGAGGAUGAAUAAAAAAACUGUUGAUCUGUCUCCUUGUGAAUACCUUAGAGUAGGGAGCGCCGUCAUUGACACCUCUCUUAUUCGAGGCGUGUCUGUUGCCCUCGUUAGGUUUAAUUACACAAUUGGGUCAUGGUCAUAUUGUAGUUUCUCAAAGUGCUCUAGAAAUCGUCAGUGGUUUACAUGAAGUGGCCAUGGGUGUCCGGAGCACCCUGAAACUGUAUCAAAGUUGUACAUAUUUCCAAAACAUUUUUAAAAAUGAAAAGGCUCUCGUGUUCUCCUCACUCUGUGCACUUUGCUGUUGGUGUGACAAGGCAUUUAAAGAUGUUUCUGGCAUUUUUUUCUUUUUUUUUUUUUAAUUUGUAAGGUGGUGUUAAACUAUAUGGUUAUUGGCUAGAAAUCCUGAGUUAUCAACUGUACAUAUCUAUAGUUUGUAAAAAAAAAAAAAAAAAAAGAGAGAGAGAGAGAGAGAACAAAACAACCGAGACAAACUCUUGAUGCUCCUUGCUCGGCGUUGAGGCUGUAGGGAAGAUGCCUUUGGGAGGGGCUGUAGCUCAGGGCGUGCACUGUGAGGCUGGACCUGUGGACACUGCAGUGGGCAUCCAUUUAGCUUCAGGUUGUCUUGUUUCUGUAUAUAGUGACCUAGCAUUCUGCUGCCAUUCUUAGCUGUGGAAAAGGGGGGGUCAGCUGGCAUGAGAAGUGUUUGGAUCCUUUUUAGUUAAGUGCGGUAGUUUUAAACUGUUUGUUUUUAAACAAACUGUAGAACUCUUCAUUGUCAGCAAAGCGAAGAGCCACUGCAUCAAUGAAAGUUCAAGAACCUUCUGUACUAAACACGACUUGCAACGUUCUGUUAUUUUUUUUGUAUGUUUAGAAUGCUGAAAUGUUUUUGAAGUUAAAUAAACAGUAUUACAUUUUUAAAACUGUUCUCUAUUAUGACAGUCUAAAUCUCUGACUCACAGAAAGCAGUCUUAGCUAACAACCCACUCCAUUGUAUUUGGUGACUAGCCCCCCCUGCACAUCUGGUACCUUCUCUUCAUGUGGCCAGCUUGCUUAGGAUAGAGCUGAAGAGGCUCCUUGAAGGUACUGCAUGAUUUUGUUUGGGGCUAAGUGGCAUUAAGAUAAAGUCUGAACUGCGGGGUGUAGAAGCCAAGAGAACUUGACCCCAGGCAAGUUUUCCCAGCCUUUGAAGGUACAGGAAGGUGGGUGGUUAGGAUUGAGGCUGACUACUAUGUAGGUUUAAUGGGUUUUUGUUCUGGUUUGGUUUGGUUUGUUUUUUUGUUAUUUUUUUUGUGUGUGUGUGCCUCCUGCCACCAAUGCUCCCUCCCCUCAUGCUGUGGGGCCAGAUUCAUUGCUAAACAGCAAAAAUAUCCUCCUAAGGGUACGGUGUAUCAGAUGUUCAGGCUUUUUUUCCUGUCUCAUCGCCCCUGACCCCGGUCCGUGUAGCAGAGUAUCAUUUGUUCUGUUCGACAGUUGAGGUCUUGAGCUACCGCUUCUGCCUCCUGGACCCCAGUGAGGGGAAGGGUGGUAGGAGUGGCGAACGAUAUCCAUUGGUUUUCCUACUACUUUGAGAAACUGAACACCCCGAGGAAGGUGGCUGGGGUCCCUGUGGCAGGCUCUGCCUUGGGCCACCUGUACUGCAGGCAGACUGACGAGAUGGAUUGUUUCUAAGAAGCAUUAGAUGAAUCCUAUGAAAAGUAGGAUGGCCUGCCCACAAUUUUGAGCUCAUUGAUUGCAAAUGUAGGUGGUUGUUAAAUGUUGUUAAACUGGAAGAAGCUUGGUCCGUGUUUCAGUGGUUAUUUUAUGUUGGUGAAUGAUGUUGACAUUUUGUCCCAGUUGGGGAAAGAGGUGAGGCGAUGGCCACAGUGGCAAGCGGUGACAUUAAAAAUCCUUUCGAGGGCUGGUCCAUCUUUACUGUUGGCAGGAAGGAAGGGCCUUGUGUUGUGGGUGAGAGUACUGCCUAGCGUGAAUACUCUGUGUGCGUUGGAGGCUGUGAAGCACUCGGGAGUGUUUUUGUGACCUCAGGAGGAAGCUUUUUCUGAAAAUUCACAAUUUGGAACCCUGUGUGUCUGCAGGCUAUAUGUCCUCCCCACUCUGUCAGGUCCUGGAUGGGUAUGUCCCGGUCACGGUCACUGGCCCAAUCUCUCGCCGAUAAUUAUAGCCAUUCCCAUUCCUUUGCACAUCAGAACUGUUUGUCCUAAAUGUGUUUUUCUAGCUCUUUUAGAAGAUGACCACUAAUUUAGAAACCCUCGGUCUUGAGGUUUGCCCAGAGGCACUUGUUCGAGGUGCCCUCCUGCUUCAGCUGGUGCCGCUGCUGCCCGGCUUAGGUGUACCAAGAUUUGGGAACUGGUUAACCUCAUCAAAUAUGGAAGAGGAGCUCACUUGUCCCAAAGGAGAGCUGACUUGCUAAGUGGCGCCUGCCGGGCUGUAGCAUCUUUGCGCCCCUCUGCCUUUGUGCUAAACAAGUAGGGGAGCUGCUUAAGUGAUCUUUGUGCGGAUGUAGAGUUCUAAAAAGAUUCUAGUUAAGGCCACUUGGCUCAUGUUUUCACCCCAGCACGAAGUUGUUCCUCUUACUGGAAUGAUGCUCCGGAGCUUCUCUGAGACGUGACAAGUGGCGUGGUGUCAACCAUCUAAGGCUUCAGCUCAGCCUGAUUACUGGGCCCACAGUAUGUGAUCUCGCGAUGCCAACCUGUUACUUUAUUAUUAUUUUUUAAUCAAAAGGACAGUACCUGCUUUCUCUAACCAGCUCUCUCCCAGCCCCCUCACCCCAUGUUUGAAUGAUGUUUUAUCUUUUGGAAAGAACAAGGCUGUGAUGUAGCAACUAUUGUCUGUGUCUCCUGUGUGUCUGUUCUUGUCACAAAUGUAUUUGGGGACAUUGGAUGCAUUCAUUUUCUGUAAUAAAGUUUCUUAAUCAGUCUUCCCAAAAA